CCCUGUAAACAAACAGUGGUUAGAAUGCCAACAGAGACUGUAACAGAUGGAGACAGAGAAAACAGGCCUCCAUAUCCCUCUCAGCGCCGGAGCGGCAUUAGCCGCCACGCUGGAGCGGCUAACCGGCCAAAAGCGCAUCCGGCGGCAUCCGGCCCUUUAAACCCACGAACACGCUUCUCUAUCUUCACAAAUAUCUCCAAACACACGAACCACAAGAGAAAAACAUUGACUCCCGAGGAGCGCGCGCCUUAAUUGGGCCUCCGUGUGUGAGUGACGAGGCUGAAACAAUCAGGGUGAAGUGUGUAAGCCACUAGAGAUAAAGUGAGACCAGAGGACGCAGCGGGACCUCUGACAGCCGACAUGCCGAGGUCCUUCCUGGUGAAGAGCAAGCGGGCCCACAGCUACCACCAGCCGCGCGGCCUGGACGACGGCGGCGGCCCGCUGGACGCGAUUCUGGCUCACGUCAGCGCAGAAAGCAGGUCUCCGGGGGAGCUCGGGUCCGGCGUGGACCAGCAGGAGGACCGCGCUGACAGCCUGUCCCCCGGCUCUCGGCUGCGGUCUCCGGGCUCCGUGUCCUCCGGAUCCCCGCGGAGCUGCACGGGCGGCGCGUGCGAGCGCGCCCCCGACUGUGAUUUCUGGCGUCCACCGUCCCCCUCCUCCUCCCCAGGUUCGGAUAAAUGUUCUCCCGCCACUCCGGAGGAGGCCUUCAACAUCCCGCUUUUUCCAUUUUCCUGGUCUACAUACUCCGGCUCCAGCUUGCGGAAUCUGGUCCAGCGGCCUUUCCCGCGCCAUCCGCGGGGCCUGCGGGGCUCACCCGCCGGCCUCCUCGGCGGCGGGGAGGAGAGCGGCGGCGAGCGGCUUUACGCGCAGCGGGGCCUCGCGGCUGCAGGCCUGCGGGACUUCUCCCCGACAGCCCGGCAGAUCUGCAGGCUGCGGGAUGGAGACACGCUGUGCGUGGACGUGCGGCGGGAGAGCCGAGAGAUCAAGGCUGAGGAGGACUUCCUGCACUCUCACUUGGAGGCCAACGGAUCCUACAAGUGCGUGAAGUGCUGUAAGGUGUUCUCCACGCCUCACGGCCUGGAGGUCCACGUCCGGCGCUCACACAGCGGCACGCGGCCGUUUGAGUGCGGGAUCUGCGGGAAAACCUUCGGGCACGCGGUGAGCCUCGACCAGCACAGAGCGGUCCAUUCCCAGGAGAGGAGCUUCAGCUGCAAGAUCUGCGGGAAGAGCUUCAAGCGCUCCUCCACGCUCUCCACGCACCUGCUCAUCCACUCGGACACGCGGCCCUACCCGUGCCAGUACUGCGGGAAGAGGUUCCACCAGAAGUCGGACAUGAAGAAACACACCUUUAUCCACACAGGUGAGAAACCGCACAAGUGUCAGGUUUGCGGGAAGGCCUUCAGCCAGAGCUCCAAUCUCAUCACGCACAGCAGGAAGCACACGGGCUUCAAGCCGUUCGGCUGCGACCUGUGCGGGAAAGGCUUCCAGAGGAAAGUGGACCUGCGGAGGCACAAAGAGACGCAGCACGGACUCAAAUGAGCGCAAUCCCCGCAGAGAUCCCGCAGAGACGCGUGAGGAGGAGGUUUCCUUUUUGUUGGAAUGCUAUUUAACUGUUCUGACGCGUUUUAUUUAUCUGUCCUGGUUUUAAACGUUGUAAGUAUGGAAAAAAAAUCAUAAAUUCAUAACCAAUGUCCAAACUGGAGUCUUAAUUCAAGCAAAAACACGCAAAUAUUUCAAACUCAUUACAGAAAUAAUGCAAUGCAUGGAUUAGAAAAUAGAAAAGAAAACAUGUACAUUCAUUAAAUGUCAUAAUUAUAA